AUGAACCCACGCGACUCUGACGGCGGUACUGUUGCAUUUUCGCCAAUCGAAUACAACGACCAUGCCGGCUACCUCUGGAUCGUGACCAUCUUGGGAAUAAUAUACAGCAGCUUUUCAGGACUGGCUAGAGCUCGCAUCAAAAAGGGUAUCUACGGUGCUGAUGAUUACUUGAUUGGCCUCGCCACGCUAUUGCUCUAUGCCCAGUCAGCGGUAAUUUUUCAGGGGCUGAAGAAUGGUCUUGCCAAGUCAGAGGCAAUCACGUCGGAGGACCGAUGGCCUAUUGCUGGAAAGACAUUCUUAGCCUCCGAAAUACUCUCAAUAACAAUACUUUGUCUGGCCAAAUGUUCGGUUGCUUCCCUGGUCCGUCGAGUGUUCACGUUCGACAUCGACAAAACAUGGAUAACCUGCAUGGGGGUUUUGACCUUCAGCGCUGUCUGGGGUCUUGGAUCUGUGGUCGGACUCGCGGUUAAUUGUGACUCCGGAACGACACUGACGACCUCGCAUCCUCGCUAUUGUCCGGAACAGUUCCUCCGCUGGCAGAUCAUAACAGCGUUUGACAUCAUCACGGAAAUACUCAUCUGCUUCUUACCAGUCGUCUUCGUAUGGUCCAACACCAUGUCGCUCUGCCUAAAGUUCCAAGUCUUCCUUGCUUUUGCGUUCCGCCUGCCGUUGAUCGCCUUGUCCGUGGCCCACCUCAGCCUGUUCGAGCAAUACAUCAAAUCAGCUUCGCCACUAUUCGAGAUUUCCGGCAGUCUCCUCUUACAGCAAGUCACGCUGACCUACUCACUCAUCUCCGCGACAAUACCGAAUCUCAAGAGCUUUAUGAAGUCGCAGGCGGAGAAAUAA